AUGAAGACUAUUACAGCUCACUAUGAUAAUAGAGCUAAAAGACAUGAAUUUGUAGGAAUGAGUGAAAGUUCUUGCUAUUUAUGCAAGGGUAGAAGAAGUUAACAUAAAUGUAACGUUUCUACAAAUGAUUCUGUUGGAUAUUAGGGAGAAUAAACGAUAAGAUAAAUACUUUCAGAGUAAAAUUAUUAUAUAGAGACUUCUAGCGUAAUUAGUCUUAAUCAUUCUAUUGAGGAUAUUUCGACUUAAAUAGCUGAGAGCAAGAAAUCGAAGCUUUUGAAGGAAAGAAACUUAGAGAGGUAAUAUUUAUCAUAUUUGGAAAAUAAUAAAAUCAGAUUUUGUCCACUUUGCAAGUUCAAAACAUAAAUCUAGGAUGAUGCACUAGCAAAUAAAAUAUGUGCCUAUUGUAAUUAUUCUUAUUGCUACUAAUGCAUGUAAGUUUGGUCUACUGAGCAUGAUUGGUGUUUGAAUCCUUUUAAGUGUUAAGGGGAAAAAAAUCAAUUUGAAAGUUCUUGCAUUCAAAAUUUCUAAAGAACUAUAUUAAUUGUUGGAAAAAUACUAUUACUGAUAUUACUUUACCCAUUUUUCAUGUUUCUAUUUGUUCCUUUAACACUUUCUGUAAUGUUAGGGGAAGUUUGCCAUAAGAAGGAAAAGACUUCGUAUCAGAGUAAUAUUGAUGAUUCAAAAAAUAAUAACUCUGAAACAAAAAAAUGUGACAUUUUAAUUCAAUGGCUAGGAUUCCUUUUAGGUCUACUAGCUAAUAUUAUUGCUUUCCCUCUUUUAUUGCUGUUUGGUAUUCCUAUUCUGAUAUAUUUGUACUUGAGUGGGAAAUAGCAAAUAUUGAUGAAAUGCAAAGAUAGAUUAAAAUAUAGAUUAUCUAAAAAUGAAAAUGAUUUGUACCUAACCAUUUGA